UCCAUUUGCCCAAUUCCCAAGCUCCUGAGCUCGACUUGUCUCCGACGACGUCUGCGGCGACAAUGACCUCCAACUAUACGGUGCCCAGCACCGACGCCUGGGCGGGCUACUUUGCGGAGGCGGGGAACACGAUCUCGAAGAACCCCACAUACCUCCUGCUGGCCUUGGGCUCCUUCCCCCUCGUUGCCAUCGUCUUGAACGUGUUGAACCAGCUUCUGCCCAAGGACAAGACGCGUCCGCCGGUCGUCUUCCACUGGCUACCAUGGGUCGGCUCUGCGAUCCACUACGGCAUGAACCCCCUCGACUUCUUCUUCCAGUGCAGGGAGAAGUACGGCAACGUCUUCACCUUCGUUCUCUUCGGCCGCAACGUCACGGUGGCGCUGGGCCCUGCGGGCAACAACUUUAUCCUCGGCGGCAAGGGCCAUGUCUUCAACGCUGAGGACGCGUACACGCACUUCACGACCCCCGUCUUCGGCAAGGACGUCGUGUACGACUGCCCGAACGACAAGUUCAUGGAGCAAAAGAAAUUCAUCAAGUACUCCCUCACUGGCGAUCGCUUCCGCGAAUACGUGCACAUGAUCACCGAGGAGACGGAGAACUUCCUCAAGAAGGACGAGACGUUCGCGACGUACCAGAACAACUCGAAGGAGUGGGCCAAGUUCGACGCCGUCGAGACGCUUUCGCAGAUCACCAUCCUCACCGCCGCGCGCACGCUCCAGGGCAAGGAGGUCCGCGACAACCUCGACAAGACGUUCGCGCAGCUGUAUGCCGACCUCGACGGCGGCUUCAAGCCGAUCAACUUUUUGUUCCCGAACCUGCCCCUCGCGAGCUACCGCCGCCGCGACCGCGCGCACAAGAAGAUCUCCGAGUUUUACAUCGACAUUAUGCAGAAGCGCAAGCGCGGCGAGGCCGAGGACGUCGACGAUGUCAUGGGCUACCUCAUGAAGCAAAAGUACCGCAAUGGCAAGGAGAUCCCCGAGCACGAAGUCGCGCACAUGCUCAUCGCGCUGCUCAUGGCCGGCCAGCACACCAGCUCCGCUACCGGGUCGUGGGCGAUCCUCCACAUUGCUGAGAACCCCGACGUUGUUGAGCGCAUGUACGCCGAGCAGGUCAAGCACUUUGGCAACCCCGACGGCACGUUCCGCGAAAUGUCCUUCGAGGAGAUGCGCGAGCUCCCGAUCCUCGACUCCGUCAUCCGCGAGACCCUCCGCAUGCACCCGCCCAUCCACUCCAUCAUGCGCGGCGUCCGCGACGACGCGCCCGUCCCGACCUCCCUCGCCGCGCCGGACAAGGAGGGCGGCGUGUACAUCAUUCCCAAGGGCUACUGGACGCUCGCCUCGCCGAUCAUGUCGCAGAUGGACCCGUCGAUCUGGGUGCACCCCGAGCGCUUCGAGCUCGCGCGCUGGACGGACCCGGAGGGCUUCGCGAAGCAGGCGCUCAGGACGUACGACGACAAGGACGGGGAGAAGAUCGACUUUGGGUUCGGGCUGGUGAGCAAGGGCACUGAGUCGCCGUACCAGCCGUUCGGCGCGGGCAGGCAUCGGUGCAUCGGCGAGCAGUUUGCGUACCUCCAGCUCGGUGUCGUCCUCGCGACGCUCGUGCGCCACCUGGAGAUGAAGCUCGGCGCGCCGUUCCCGGGCAAUGACUACACGACGAUGAUCACGAUGCCGCUGAAGCCCCGGGACAUCUACUUCCGCCGGAGGUCGACUGUUGCGUAGAUAUACAGAGGAGUGUUAUCGGUUUGGGUGAGAUGCAACUUUACUAGAAGGUCUACAUUAAUACGGAAGGAAUAAAAGCUCCUUUGCCAAUCAA